GUCCGUAGCGAAGAAAGCAGCGGCCGCUCCUCGACCGCGGGAGCUCGGGAGUACUGGCGUGGCAGUGUCAUGAUAGUCACGGAUGAUGCUCACCCACACAUCACUUUCCAGGACAAAUCACGCGUCAAGCGCAACGUCCUCGAGAAGUCAGGCCGCUACCGCGAAGUCCAUGCUUUCCGCCUACAUGCCGAGCGCGGCUGCACCUUCUGGCGCUUCAACCUCGAGAUCGAACUCGGCGCCACGCAACAGCGCAUCGCGUACCGCAUCAACAAAGGCCCAGCCAUCGGCUUCUGGAUCCCAGCCCGCGGCGAGGCAAUGAACAUCAUGUUCCACUCCUGCAACGGCUUCUCCGCCUCCGUCCACCCAGACGACUUCUCCGGCCCUGACCCACUGUGGCGGGAUGUCCUCAACAAGCACCAAAUGCGACCCUUUCACGUCAUGUUGGGAGGCGGCGACCAGAUAUACAUGGAUGCCGCCAUGCACGAGUGCACGCUGUUCGCGCGCUGGACGCAAAUGAAGAAUGCGGAACACAAAGCCACCGCGCCUUUCACGUCGGAGAUGCAGGAGGAGCUCGAGUUCUUCUGGCUGAACCGGUACGCGAUGUGGUUCUCCCAGGGCCUGUUCGCGAUGGCGGCGAGCCAGAUCCCGAUGGUGAAUAUGUGGGAUGACCACGAUAUUAUGGAUGGGUUUGGCUCGUAUCCGCAUUCAUUCAUGAGCAAUUACGUUUUUGCAGGGUUGGGUGCCGUGGCGUUCAAGUACUACAUGCUGUUCCAGCAUCAGAGCGUCGUGGCUGAGACGGAGAAGGCGGAGCCGAGCUGGCUGUUGGGUGCAAGUCCCGGACCGUACAUCAACCAGCUCAGCCGGAGUGUCUUCCUGUGGUUGGGCGGGGGGCGGAAGGUGGCGUUGUUGGCUUUGGACUGCAGGACUGAACGGCUGCGGGAGUCGAUCGUCAGCGAGAAGACGUAUGAUCUCGUCUUUGAGCGGCUGCAUGAGGAGAUUGUCAAGGGUGAGACGAGGCACUUGAUUGUGCUAUUGGGCGUGCCGAUUGCGUACCCGCGGUUAAACUUUCUGGAAAACGUGCUCAGCAGCAGGGUUAUCGAACCCGUCAAAGCGCUCGGCCGGAUAGGGAAGCUAGGCGGUUUUGUGAAUAAGUUCGAUGGUGGCGUGGAGGUGCUGGAUGAUCUCGACGACCACUGGACGGCCAAACAUCACAAGGACGAGCGGAACUGGUUCAUUCAGGAACUGCAGGACCUUGCGGCGGAGAAGAGCGUGCGCAUCACGAUCCUAAGCGGCGACGUCCACCUCGCGGCUGUGGGACAGUUCUACACGACCAAGCGCUUCGGCCCGGUGUCGAAGGAUCGCGAUCAUCGGUAUAUGCCAAAUGUGAUCAGCUCGGCGAUCGUGAAUACUCCGCCGCCGAACAUGUUGGCGGAUGCGCUGCAGAGACGGAACAAGGUGCAUAGAUUGGAUGAGGAGACGGAGGAGCAUAUGAUCCCGCUUUUUGAUACGGAAGUUGAUGGAGGACGGAGGGCUAACAAAUUUCUCAUGCCACGGCGGAAUUGGUGUGGUAUAAGGGAG